AGGAGCAAAUGAUAGGUAUUGUCCCAUGGGACUGAGAGGAGCAGCUGCAGACAUCAGAGAGCCUGAGAGGAUGGACCAGGACUUGACGAGAGAGGAGGAGGAGAAGGAGGAAGGCCUCAUUGAGUUCUAUGACUCCUACAGGGACAUGUUCGAGUUCUUCUGCAAGAACACCACCAUCCACGGCACCAUUCGUCUGGUGUGCUCAGACAGCAACAAGAUGAAAACAGCCUUCUGGACCUUGCUCUUCCUCGCCAGCUUUGGGAUGUUGUACUGGCAAUUUGCACUCCUAUUCAGCCAGUACUGGACCUAUCCUGUUGUGACAAGCAUGUCAAUGCACUCAGAGCCCAAGAUGUUCCCAGCCAUUACUCUCUGCAAUCUCAACCCAUACAGGUUUGCCACAGUCAGUGAGAAUUUAGCUGAACUGGACUUCUUGGCCAUGGAGACCAUUGCCAGUUUGUAUGGCAGCUCAGCCACAGCAAAUAUGUUCCACGGUGAAGAAAAAAUUAUCAAAGUGAAGGACUUGGCUAGAAAGGAGUCUGACAACUUCGGUCCUGCUGAUUUUCAGCUGAAUCGCAACAUCCCACUGGUGAGGACGUAUGUCAUUGAUCCUGUGUCGAAGAAGAACAUUUCCAUGGUGGGCUUUAGGUUGUGCAACGCUACAGGUGAGAACUGUUUUGACAAGACCUACUCAUCUGGGGUGGACGCCAUUCUCGAGUGGUACAAGUUUCACUACAUGAAUAUCAUGUCUCAGCUCCCAGUGAUAAUCAACAUUACUGCUCACGAAGAUCAGAUAGAAGACCUGGUCUACUCCUGCCAGUAUGAUGGGGAGCCCUGUAGAAACAGUGAUUAUGAUCAUUUUCACCACCCGGUCUAUGGAAGCUGCUACACUUUUAACAAAGACGGAACAAAUCCCUUUUGGGAAGCAACAAAACCUGGCGUUGCAUAUGGACUUUCUCUAAUCCUAAAAGCAGAGCAGAAGGAUCACAUAGCCCUGCUGUCAACAGUGGCUGGUGUGAAAGUGAUGAUCCACAACCACAAUCAGACGCCGUUCCUCGAGCAUGAAGGGUUUGACAUCAGACCAGGGAUCGCGACUACCAUAGGGAUCCAACAGGAUGAGGUACAUCGCUUGGGUGGGAAUUAUGGGAGAUGCACAGUUAAUGGCGACGAUGUGAAUGUCAAGCUCCUGUACAAGAGUUCCUACACGCUGCAGGCUUGUGUGCAUUCUUGCUUCCAAAACAUCAUGAUUCAACGUUGUGGCUGUGGAUACUAUUACUACCCACUGCCUCCUGAUGCCGAAUAUUGUAACUACAACAAGCAUCCCGCAUGGGGUCACUGCUUCUACCAGCUGUACAACCGGCUCGCGGAUCACCACCUCAGCUGUUUCAGCAAGUGUCCCAAACCAUGCCGCGAAUCAUGGUACAAGGUAUCUGCAGGGACUGCUAAAUGGCCAUCACCGAAUUCAGAGGACUGGAUCCGCCAGGCUCUGAGUCAACAGAAAGGAUACAACUCUACUAGCAACAGGAAAGAUAUUGCCAAGGUGAAUAUCUUCUACCAGCAACUGAACUAUCAGUCUGUGAAUGAGUCUCCAUUACUCACAUUGAAUCUACUCUUGUCCAACAUGGGAAGCCAGUGGAGCCUAUGGUUUGGGUCUUCUGUAUUGUCCGUGGUUGAAAUGCUUGAGUUUCUCUUGGAUACAAUAGUUUUCUCUCUCAUCUUUGGCUACAAAUGGUCCAGGUCAAAGAAGACGUUGAAGAUGGCCCAAAGCCCAGUCAUCUCCAGUGUGAGUCUGACACUGGAAAACUACAGAUCUGUACCUGAGGGCCCUGGUACUGAUAGCAGCUCAGCUCAGACUUUUCCCAAUGCUGGGAUCAUCGUGGCAAGCAAGAACGGGGACCUACCUUUACACUCAAUUUCUAACAAGAUCCACACACCAGAACUGUACCCAGAAGUUGUGCUGAAUGGAUUUAGAUACAUCAAAGACCACUGUGUAGAUGUAGAGCCCUAAAGCUAAUGCUGGAUGUGCAGAGCAGAAAAAUAUAUAUGUAUUAUUCAGGGUACAUAUUCAAUAGGCCUGGCUUGGAGGGCCCAUGGGAAUUGCAGAGACAGGCAGCAUUGCAGUUUGCUGCUUCUCGGGUGGCACAGAGCUUAGCCUCUAAAUGCUACACAUCGUACUGCAGCUAGGUUGGUGCCAUGCUUAGAUCUACUUGAUCUGUAACCUUGUCUUAGGAAUCAUUCAAGGUCCUGUCAUUUUAGAAGCAUUUUUCUUGGGGCUUACACUGUGUCUCUGGCAGUUUCAUAGCUUCUGGCUUAUGCUGUUUUGAGGAAACCAGCUCCGUCUGGACACCUUCUGACUUCAGACAGGCCCAUCAGCAUUUCAUAAAUAUUCUUGAGUUAAAUGUUAACCUACCCAUACAUAAAAUGACUCCAGUAGACAUUAACAAGCAUGUGCUCUUUCCAUUAAUAGCACCUUUGGGAUGGCAACGUAUGUGAUAACAUGAGGCUGCAGUCACUCUAGCCUGGCUUUCAGCCCUCAUCUCCUUAGUACAUUGCUUUUUUUCAUUUUGAGAAGAACCCAUUGCAGA